UCUCGAUCCCCUCCAACCUGCCAUGUUGGUCUCCAUGUCCCAGUGAUGACUCAGACAGGGCCCUACCCUCCCCGAGCUCGCCAUCUGGAACAAUAAAAGGUGACAGCCACUAUGCUUGAUUGACGUAGCCACAGAGGGAACUAGGAGAGCACACGGACUGAGGGUGCAGCCCAGCGGCGGCCUCCGCCCAGCCUCCAGCCAAAGGACAGCCGGCGUGGUCUCAGUUUGCCGAGGACCGUACGGUGACCCACGAGCCAUUGUAAACGCGUGAAGUGACAAGCCACGUGCUUGCCUUUGCCCCCAGGAGCCCCGUUGAGUGCACCGAGAAGGGACGUUCAGAGCAAACACCAUGAGUAUCUCAGCUCUCGGAGGAAGCAGCAAAGGGAAGCCUCUCCCGCCAGGCGAGGAGGAGCGCAAUAACGUCCUCAAGCAGAUGAAGGUUCGGACCACGCUGAAGGGGGACAAGAGCUGGAUCACCAAGCAGGAUGAGUCGGAGAGCCACGCCCUUGAGCUGCCCUCAGGCCGGAGUCGUGCCCUAUCUUUUUCUUCAGCUGGGGAGGUCCCGAAGGCCAGGCCCCCAAGCACGAGGGCUCCCACCGGCUAUAUCAUCCGGGGAGUGUUCACCAAGCCUGUAGACAGCUCGUCUCAGCCCCAGCAGCACUUCCCCAAGGCCAACGGAGCUCCAAAAAGCGCUGCCGGUCUGGGGAAAGCACCUCCUGCUGGGCCUCCCCGCCCCUCCCCCUCUGGCUACAGGAUGACCACAGAGGAUUACAAGAAGCUGGCACCCUACAACGUCAGGCGCAGCUCGGCGUCAGGGGCUGCCGAAGAGGAGGAGGCGCCCUUCUCUUCUGAUGAGCAGAAACGGAGGUCAGAGGCCGCCAGCAGUGUGGUGAGGAAGACAGCUCCCCGAGAGCACUCCUACGUCCUGUCGGCGGCCAAGAAGAGCGCCAGCAGCCUCGCCCAGGAGACGCAGGCCCCGUUCGUCGCACAGAGGGUCGAGGUGGUGGAUGAGGACGGGCCUUCCAAGAAAAGCCAGGACCCACCUGCUCUGGCACGAUCCCCUCCCGGCUCGAGCAGUGCGGACGGGGGCAGAGCCAGACUGUCUCGGGCGGUUUGGAUGGAGUGCACGCCCAGCCUGCCUAGCCCCGCUGGGACGCCGGAGCCCAGCGCAAGAGGUGAGGAGACCGUCCGCCUGCAGAUCACAACACCCGGGGCGGGACUCCGCCUGGUGGCCCCAGACCUGGAAGAAAUGAGGUCUUCCCCGGGCUCCAAAGACAACGAAGCCGCCAACCCCAGAGAGCCCAAGGGAGACUUGACUGGUGAAAGGGCCUUCAAGGGCCUUGAUGCGGACUCUGAAAGAUCAAGUGCACAGUCAAGUGAUGGCAACGUGGGAUCCGGAGCCAUGGGCUCCACACCCGAAGGCUGGGCUGGAGCAGACGUCAGCUCUGGGACAGGAGGGCUGUGCUCACCUGCUGUCUUUACCCCUCUCCUGGAUGAUCAGGAGGGGCCCAGCGCCAACUCACAGCCUCACAAGCCUGGACCAGCAGCCACCAGCUCUGGUGCCACUUCUGCCUCUGCUGUCCUGGCUGACAGGAAGAGCAACAGCCCAGCACACCAGGAGGACAUGGAGACGGACCCAAAGGGCGCCUUGCCUGAAUUUGAGGAGGAGAAUGUGGUCACCAAGGUGGGAGACGCCUGGCAGGGGAGGCCUGGAGCCCAGCAAGAUGACCGGGGAGACCCAGCUGCACCCACCCAGAAGCCGGCAGACCCCAGCAGCCCUGAGCAGCACCUGGAAGUGGACAGCCAGGCCAGCAGGGUGAGGAACCCCGCAAGCUGUACGGUCACUGUUGCCGUCACUGCCACCUCGGAGCAGCCUCGUGUUUAUGUGCCAGCCUCCCCAAGUGAAUUGGAGUCUAACUCAACCAGCAAAGGGAUUCUCUUUAUGAAGGAGUACGUGAAUGCUGCUGAGGUGUCUUCCGGGAAGCCACCGUCUUCAUUCUACAGCAGCGUCAGCAGCACUGAGGACUCACGCAACAUGGAGAAGAAACUCCCACGUGACAGUACUCCAUACUCUGAGCGAACAAGUGGAGGGAUCUGUACUUACUGCAACCAGGAGAUCGGAGACUGUCCAAAGAUUACCUUAGAACAUCUUGGCCUUUGCUGCCAUGACUAUUGCUUUAAGUGUGGGGUUUGCAGCAAACCGAUGGGUGAGCUUCUGGAUCAGAUCUUCAUUCACCGUGACACCAUCCACUGUGGGAAAUGCUAUGAGAAGCUCUUCUAGCUCCUCCAGGCUAAGAAGCAGCUGAUAACUCCUGGACAAGUUUGACCGUCCCCACUUGCCCCAAGUUGCUGACUCUUCUGCCCUCACUUCCUCUCUCCUCCAUUUGAUUGCUUCAUGAUUUUGCUCUUCUUAAGUUGAACUUGCUUACAUCUAGUAGCAUAUCUUAAUGAUGUUAUGCUAAUUACUUGUGUGUGUAGCUUUUUGUAGCUUAGAAAGCACUUCCCAUCCAUUAUGUUCCUUCAGGCUCAAGCAAAGAGGAUUGAACAGUAAUUCCAUUUUCGCUUCCCUCAGGCUGGUCGGCUUGCUGAGGAGUUUAGGCGGCCUGGUACGAUGGGCGCGGACAAGAGCACAGAGCACGGGGUUGGGUGUGUCCUGACUCUUGGGACAGAGGAGUUUAGGCGGCCUGGUACGAUGGGCGCGGACAAGAGCACGUCCGGGGUUGGGUGUGUCCUGACUCUUGGGACAGAGAGCAAAUCACACUGUGGUUCACAGCUCUGAGUGUACCUUCGGAACUUGACAGAAGAAGGAGACCUCCUGAAGCUUCUCAGGGGUUAAAGACUAUUGACGAUCCCUGGUGGGUAAAUUGCAGGCAUUGAACGCUAGGGAUUGACAUAGGCUAAUGUUUAGCUUGUCUGUUUGCCAUAUAUAUUUUUUAAACUUUCCGUAUGCUUUUACAACUAGUUAGUUGCUUUUGAUUGAGUUAUAUAGCAGAUUUUAAUGACUUCCUACCUACCUACCUUUCAAUAUAGUUGCGUUUUGUCCUGCAGGCAUGUGGACAUGUUUUAGAAAGUUCACACGUUAGGUUUAAAUUCUAUAGGAUGUGAUUCUUAAGAGGCUACUGACCAAAGGGACAUCUGUGUCUGAAUCUUGCUAGCUAAUUAAUACCUUUGCCCUCAAUUUCCAAUCCCUAAACUUUACACAGAAAUCCCCUAAAGCAAGUUUUAGGGUCUAUAGACUCCAGCAGGAUUAUGAAGGGAGAAAAUCAGCUAACAUUUCUUGAGGCCUUACUGCGUAGCAGGCAUUAUCACAAAGUCGUGGCAUUAAUCCCGUUUGCAGAUGAGGAUGUUGAGGCUCAGAGAGGUGGUCAUUGCAUCGUGCAGAACCGUCGCCGUCUCUCCUGAGCCCGUGCGCUCUCCAGUAACAAUAAUGACGAACAUGAGCAUCGAUCUAAUGCUGAGUGUAUGCCAAGCACUGUGCGGAGGUGACACCACGCCCUCGAGCCUUCCCUGAGGCACACUUUUACAAAGAGGGGAGGGUGGGGGAUUGCACCCCUCCUCUGGGCAUCCUGGGUCCCCAUAAAAUACCAGAAGGGCCAAACUGGCCCUCUCACCUCCCUUUUCCAUGAAAACACUUCUGAACUGAAAUACUCCCAGCUGGGAACAGAUUUGACUCACAGACCUUCCCAAAGAAGAGCUCGUCAACCCAGGGGAAGCUCCAGUAGGCCAGCCGAUCUGGGCACAGGGCCCUCAGUGACUUCCCGUUUUCCAGUCCAGACUCUGUCCCAAGCUAGUGGCUUGAGGCACUGAGACCCCAGGUACUUGGAACAGGGAUACCUGUUGGCCAGCUGGACAGAUGCAGGCCCAUUCAUGCAGUCAGCUGAUGGCUCUGCUCGGGUUCGACUGGGCCCCUCUGCCUUUGGGACCAGCAUCACUGUGUAAGUUCCUUGAAAGGACAACCUGACAGUUUUUCUGAUGAAAAAUGAGGGCCUUUUCUCUUGGUUUAGUUAGAAAAUGCCUCUCCAUCGCUCUCCAGUUUCUGAGCCCUAUGCACAUUGGUUUAGUUAGAAAAUGCCUCUCCAUCGCUCUCCAGUUUCUGAGCCCUGUGCACAUUGGUUUAGUUAGAAAAUGCCUCUCCAUCGCUCUCCAGUUUCUGAGCCCUAUGCACAUUGGUUUAGUUAGAAAAUGCCUCUCCAUCGCUCUCCAGUUUCUGAGCCCUGUGCACGUUGGCUGGCGGACUUGUUCUUCCUGCCAAAUGAUCAGAGAGGAAUGUUCCGCUUAUUUCCAUAGAUGUGCGUCAGAUCUGCUCUGGAGUGGAAAACUGGCCAUGUACUCGUACAAAAUAUGAGCUGGUUUUCCUCAGCCUGGGACUUGGCAGGUGGUAGGGACUGACACAUAGGUGCUGAAUGAAUGAGUGCAAGGGAAAGAAAGGUCGUGCCUUUGGGUGGGAGGUAGCGCCCCUGAGUCUUGGCAGGAUAAAGAGGUCCGAGAUCGUCUGGCUUCCCCACCUUCUAGAUCCACUCUGCCUUUAAGAGAGUUUGAGAACCAACAUGCGAGAUACUGACUCCAAUCUGAAAAAAUCUCUUUCAUGUUUAAAUGGCACAGCAUUCUUCGGACUUAAGGAAGAGAGGUGGUUGCAUUACACUUUGGCUUCUUUUUAUUUGCCUAGAACUUUUAAUCAUACUUGCUUCACUCAAUAAUGUACACAGUUAUAAUAAAUGGUAAGAUAUUUCAUGUGUAAAUGUUAAGGUUUCCUUUUGUAAGUGUAAUAACUUGGUGUAUUUGGCUGUGUGAUUUAUUUUCUCCUAUUACCUGAAGCCACUCCCUACAAAAGCAAAUAAAUACUUUAAGGAGUGUCAGAGUUUCCUCCA